GAUAUUUCAAAGUCUUCGCACGAAUGCACAGUUUCUCUUUCCUUCAAUUUGACUGCAAUGGCGAGAACAGAGAAGAGAGCCCGAGAGAAAAUCGGGUCUUCUUCGUAUUUUCUGAGAUGUUUCGGAUUUUCACGGAAAAUAUACUCCGACAAGCCGAUGGCUCCGGCGGAAUACGGUGUUGAGAAGAAGAUGAAGAAGAAUAAGAAGCCAAGUCGUUGGUUUUUGUGUUCUAAGUUUCGCCUGAAGAACGGCGAGAUCAAACCGGCUCCGAUCGAGGAAACAGAGAAACCGACUUCUAGUGUAGAAGGUGAAACUGAUAAGCAAACUUCCGUCCCGGUGAUAAGUCGUAUCACUGAUCGUAAGAAUAUCCCGGCUGAUGAUAAGGCCGUGAAUCAGGAAACAAAAGAGAGGAAACCGAAGGACUUACGAGACAUAACCACCGACCGGCCCAUUGAACCGCUGUGUUCCUCUAGAGAAGACACGUGUCUGAACCGGAUAUCUAAUUCAACCCGUCAUGGGAAACCCGAAAUGAAACCGUCUCGGGCGAAAACCCGGUCCCGGGUUGAAAAGUUUGACCCGGUAAUAGGGAUCUCGAUCAUUAUAUUGACGUUGAUGAUCAUGUUAAUAUGGGGUCGCCUCUGCGCAAUUCUCUGUACAUCCGCUUGGUGUUACCUUCUGCCUCGUCUCAAAGACGCGGCCGCGUUGGCGAAACGCAAACGCAGUAGUAGCGACGGUUCUGCGUAUGUGCCGGAUUUGAAUUCAGAGUCUUAUAAAAGAAAAGUCGUUUUGGAAGGGUUUCUUGGGCGGCAGAAUCGCGUUUCGUUUUUGUAACGUUUUUUUUUUCAUUCAUUUCUAUAUUAUAAUGGCUUGGGUUUUUUUUGUUUUUUUUUGUUUUUGAAAACAGGGAAAAAUAGUGUCUCCGUUUAAUAAACACAAUGAGUGAUGAAUGGAGUCAGUAAGUGAAAUAAUAUGUUGUCUGUAAUUCUGUAGAAGUCAAUAUUUAGCAGCCUACUGCUGUAAUCUACAACUGCGCAAUUUUACCUGGUUUUUUGUUUUUGUAUUUUUUACCUGUUAAAAACAU